AUGGAGGUGCCCAGCAGGCAGGCCCUGAAAGGGGGGACCAGAGACACCCCUGAGCAGAACGAUGGAGCGGCCAUGUUCCCGAAAGGGGAAACGGAUGCGGGACAAACUGCGGCAACGGCAGAAGCUCGUCGAAAACGACAGGCACAACCAGAAGACUCCCGCCACAGCUCCUCAACCCCUUCUUCCCCCUCAUAUUCUUCCUUUUCUUCGUCUUCCUCGUGUCCUUCCUCUCUCUCUUCUUCCACUUCUGCGUCUUCUGACGACCAGAGUUCUCAGCCCUUCCGCUCCGUUUUGGAGCGGUUACGAGCCUUGUCGUGGUCGUCUCCGUUUCGCGUGCGCUGUCGCAUUUGGUCUUUCGUCUCUGCGUAUUUUUCGCUCCUUCUUGGUGGCUGUUUCGGCCUGCACUGGCUCCAGUUAGACUGCUGGCCUCGAUGGACCCUCCGCGUCUUCACCUUCUCAGGGUUCGGCCUCUACACCCUCUUGGACCUGUUUCUGCUCCCCUGCGCAGUGAACGCCUCGCAGCGGAAAAAACAGAGAGCCUUCGUUCGCAGACAGCUAAUCGAACACCUCCGAACUGCCUACCGCAAAGAGAAAGGCGCCGGGCGUUCCUCAGCUUCUUCAGUUCGCUCUAAUCGCGGCGGCGAAAUAGGCGAGGCCUCCCGAGCCGUGUGCGGUCUUGACGCUCUGGACGCGUUUCGAAGCCGGCCCGAGGUCCGACAGGAACCAGAAGCGCUGACGAAACAGAGAGAGGAACUCCGGAGGCGAAGCGCUGAGCUGUCGGCAGAGUGCGGCAUGUCUCCUGCUGAGACAGCCGAGAGCCCCGGGGAGAAGGACGAAACCGCGGGUGGCAAGGUCUCCGGCGAGACGCCAGGAAACGCAGAGGCCACGAGUCCAGGUGCGAAGCGCAAAAAACAAACUCAGCUUCGGCAGACGAGUAAAAAAACGGGUCAAGACGAAGAAGAGAAGGAAAAAACACGUGCUGCCGUGCCACGCGCAGCACCGGUACACCCUGCGGCCUCCGACACGCGCGGGGAGGAAGAAGAUCAUAUGGGAAACGCCACAGGGAGAGACGCUGACGACCCAGCAAAGCCCGCCGGAAAGCCGAAAAAGGGUUCAAGCGCUCCACACGCUUCCCCUUCUUCCACUGUUUCUUCUGUUUCUUCUCUGCUUUCUUCUGUGUCUCCUUCCGGCUCGUCCUUGCGGUUCCCGUCUGUGCCGGCGCGUUCAGCCGUCGUCACGGAGGGGGAUAUUGGAGCUCUUCUCAGUUUGCAGAAUGCCGAACGGGAAGUGUGUGAACUCCCGGCGGCGUCGAGUUCUUGGCGGCUUCCUACGGCUCAGACCGGCCAGCCAGCGAAGCGGGCGUCGCGACUCCACGCGGCGAUGGGCUACUGGUAUUCGCUGAUGCCUUGGCGUCUCCUGUGGCGCGGUUUCUACGCGCACUUUCUGGGUACCUUCGUGGUAGACGUGGUGUUUUGCAACGCGCAGUUGUCGCCGCUGAGUGCCUCGAUUCCGCGGCUGGUCUUCCUCGUUCUCCAUUGCCUGACGCGCGCUGGCGUGGUGUUUGCUGCGAACUUCUCGGACUUGACAGACGCGCCCGUCGCGGCCCUCUGGAGCGACUUUCUCCUCUGCGUGGCGACCUCGUUCGGCGUCUCCUCGCUCCUCCUGGUGGUACCCGAGGUCCUUCACGCCGUCCACGAGCAGGCGCCCGGGGUGUACUCCCACGUGCUUGCGCCUUUCGCAGUUCUCUUUGCCGGCUUCCCCCACGUUCGCGUGACUCUCCCGAGCAUUGCCGCGCAGGCUGAGUUGCCUCGGGACGCCCGAGAGGACUUUUACUGCUCGUCACACCUGGUCGACUUAGUGAUCGUGGGCGUGUGCGCGUACCUCGCCGCAGCGGCGCACGACGAGGCGCCAGAUGAGGCGAGGACGCGCGAAGUCGAGAUGUGCAAAGACGUCUUGGCGCUCGUGGCGGUGCUCGACCGGGAGGAGCGAGAAGGCGUAGAGCCGGCCUCGCGCGAGAACGCGGGGGAACCGGAAGCAGGGCGGCCGACCCCGCACGGAAACGAGGGAGAGGCGGGCGAAACGAACGACGGACGCGGCGAAGGGAGGGGCGGAGGGACCACGAGGCGCGUGGGGGACCGGGAGGAAGAUCCGCGACUGGCUGCGCUGGUCGCUCAGGCGGAGCGGACGCAUCGUUCGGCGAUCCAGCAGAGUCCUGGCGAGGCCUGUGCGCGCAGGGUUCGGGAACACGUGCUCGCGGCUCUGGUCGGGUUUGUGGCGGUUGCGUUGGUGGUCACGUGGGUGACCUGCGUCCUCCUGGCGGCCUCGAAUGUGGCGGUGAGGAUGGAAGAUAAAACAGCGGCGAAAGUGUUUGUGUUCAUAGCUGGAGACGGCGCGAGCGGGAGUGGACCGGACGUGGAGCAAUUGAAAAUGGAGCUGACGGUCCUGUACAACCAGUUCCAACUUUUGAAGAAGCGGAAGGGGUUCGGCGGCGCGCUCCGCGAGAUGGCCACCAUGCUGUGGAGCGAGAUGCAGCAGGCGAUGGGAGAGCUGAGGCGGAAGAAGAAGGGGGACAACGCCUACUCGCUCCUCGGCAUCAAGCCGAGCGCGACGGCGCGUGAAAUCAAGGCGGCGUACAAACAACUCGCCCGACAACUCCACCCCGACGUCAUUGCGGCGUCUUCGCCCGAGCCCCUCAGCGCCUUCGAAGAGGCGCGCGCGACGGAGCGGAUGUGGCAAAUCAACGAGGCGUACGAGCGUCUCAUGCGCAGUCACGGCGGCCGAGGAAACCUAGGAAGAGACUAG